AUGCCCUAUCGCGAGCCCACUGAGGAGGAUGUGGCCAAUGUUCUCGAAAUUCAAGGCUGUACUGACCCAGUGAUUUUUGCGGCCUGUCGCGCCAUCGAUAUGAUUCGCACUUUUCUCAAGCACAAGCCAUUUAACCGUGUCAUGGUCGCCUAUUCCAACGAGUACCAGUUCUUUGAGGAUCAUGUUCUCCGCUACGAAGUCGCCUUCAUCGACUUCUACAAUGGACUUUGCGACCGCCUUGAGAUUCGUGGCAGUGUCUUAGAGACUCACGAAGAGGCCAGCGAGCUGGAGGAGGAGAACUGA